GCUCGGCAAGUGUCCUGUAGUGUUAGUGCAAAAGACACGGGCAUUACAGCAGUAAAAGCAGUAAAAAAGAUCUAAAUUAAAAUAAAAUAAAAUAAAUUAAAGUGACUGAGACUCCUAAAGAGUUUGAGUGAACUCAAACCCCAGCGCAAAAGCUCCCAGUGUAACUUUUCAGUGAGUCUGUAAUAAAAUAAUAAAAAUAAUAAACAUAAUGUGAAAUAAAAAAAAAAAAUAGCGAAUCUUGUAAUUCUGCGCUGUCAUCACAAAACAGGAAGUGCCAAGUGAGCUCGACUCAUUUUGCAGCUGAUAAGUGCGCAACAAAAACAAGAAAGUGCAAGAGAACCGAAAAAUAUAAAAGAAAGGCAAAGCAAAGUUAAAAACAAAUAGAAUAAGAUUGCACACAAUACCAAAGGAAGCUAAGUGAAAAACAAUUUCGCGAGAAAGUGGAAAGUGCAAAGGAUAACUAAAAAAGGAAAAAAUUAAAAUAAAAACAAAAAUAAAAGAAAAAAUCAGCACGAAGAGAAGUAACGAACAAACGAAAAGUGGUAAAGUAAAAAGAUAAAUAGAAAAGUAAUGAGCAUGUCCUGUCGUAGUUGAGUGAAGUUUAGUGACUAAACAGUGAACGAGCAGACAUUUACGAUGCUAAAAAGUGCUUAAUAACUACAACAACAACAACAACAACAACAACAGCGGUGCUCAAAACUAACACACACAAAAAAAGCACAAAAGUGCAAAGAAAGCUUAAAAAAGCAACCGAAAACAACUGAAAACAACAAGCGUCGCAUUUUGGCCGUGUCAAAACUAAUAAAAAGUGAGUUAUAACGAUACACUAAGUGCGCAGCGCGUGAGUGCAAAGUUCUACAAAGACAGGUGGAGCACAAAGAAACUCCACUGAGGUCAAAAGCCAUUGUGAGACGUGCCACGCGAAGGAGAGUGUAGAAGAAGUGAUAAAAAAUAUAUAUAGAAACUGGGCAUUAACGAGAAAGGCCAACUUAAUGAAAAAGGAUCUCUAGAGAACCUUCGUAUCAGAUAACAAAAUAACAAAAAAAAAAAAAUAAAAAAAUAAAAAAAUAAGAAAAAAAUACCAAAGCCAAGCAACAGUUUGCGUGUUGCAAGUACAACAAGGAAAGCAGCUUCUAGCUGUGCUGGUGAAAGUCGGUAAGCACGUAAGUAAGAAGCUUAAAAUAAAUCUCGCAUAAAACGUGUGAGAAGUGCGUGUUGACACUAACAGUACUGAUAUACGCAUGUAUGUAUGUAAAUGUAUGUUAAUACGCAUAAGCACACUAACACAAGUGAAUGUUUUUUAGUAAACUACGCGAAGACAACGAAAAUAAAGCGCGACAGACAACAUAAAAAUGCAAUUAGGCAAAUACUAAACUUAGACUCAAGGAGCGUAGAGAGCGCGAUAGUAACAAAUACAAACAGUUAAGCUAUAAAUGAAAUAGCAAUAUAACUCGACGUAAUCAAAUGAUCAGAAGACGAAACGAAAAACGAAUAACGAAAAAUACGAAACCUAAAAGCAAACAAGCUCACAUAAGGCUGAACAGUUCCUCAGAGACUCGUCAGAAAUAGAAGAAACAAAUUAUUACGUGAACUUCACCAAAAGACUACCGCCAUUUUAAGAACAUAAACAUUGCUAAGGAUCUUUGCGUUAGUGAGCAAGCAACAAAUAAGUACAGCGUUUACCCGGUAAGAAAAAUUCAUACAUAUAUAGAGUUCCUCGAGUCGGUGUAGGUAGCCAAUCUUACCAAUCAAAUACGCUGCCUGAUGAACCGGUGCUAAAUAAAAGCAAAACGACAUACACCUCAGACGCGGCAGUUAGAGUUACACUGUCUGCGACGACGAGUCGACCAACGGGUUCAUUAUCGAUUUUGUCUCCACUGACACAACAUAACAAGAUUGCUGUGGUCUGGAACGAGACGAGGCAGCAAGUGUUAUAAAAAAAAAAAAAAUUAAAAACAAACCAAAGAGAGUACAGAAAAUAGGCAAGGCGCGCAGUGAAAGAACUAAAAGUUCUUAAACGAAAAAUUCUGGUAGACAGCGCUACAGACAGACGCACAGCAAACUAGACGGAAGACGUAAGCAACCAACUAAAGUCUAGUUCUGCGUGCCAACAGAUACAUAUAUAUAUAUAUAUAUAUAAAUAUAUACCGCGUAACGGGGUGUUGGUAAUGAAACCUGCCUGUACAGUGUAAGGCGGAAAGGAGAAGCUAGAAACAAGCCACAAUCGCCGCCGUCGAAACAAUCAAACGAACAACCAAGCAACCGAGGUGAAGAAGAAAAGUCGAAACUAGAAAUAUAUUAUUGUAAUCGUUUGGCUUAGAGUAGCAAUACGACUGAAUACUGAACAGCUCGACUGGUGAGCCAACGAGUCAACGAGUCAACGAGCCAACGAGCCAACGGCCAAACAAACAAGCGAACUCACGAACUCUCGAACAAGCGACAGUUGAAGUCUGUGAAAUUGCCAUUUCAACGGCGUAUUUAUCGUGCUGCCACACUGAUGAAAGGAGGAACCAAAAAAUAACACCGUUUGCUGGCUGAAGAAUAAAAACGAAAACAAAAAUAUAUAACGGUAUUGUGAAAAAGUAGUUAGUGGCAAAUAGAAGAAGAAGCGAACCAAAUAACGCACAUCAACAAACGGAAACAGUUGAACAUAAAACCCACAAAAAGCCAUUCAGCAAGCCAACGAAAAUCAACGGACCGCCAACGAGACGUACAAACGGAAAUAGUCUUCAGAAAACAAAAACAAAAAAGACAGACGCUAACGGAAACAUACUUUCUGGCAAAAGAUCAAAAAGCGUCCCGUUAAAAAAAAGUGGGAAUCCGUGAAAGCACACAGAGCGUCAGGCAAAGCAACCCACAGGAUACGAUAGAGUCGGCAUACCAUACGCUACCAAUCAACAAUUUAACACAACAAAAAAAUUGAACAAAAAAAAAAUCAGAAAUCAGAAAUCAGAAAAAGCUGGUAAAUAGGCGUACGACGUUGGCAAAGAAAUUUCCGCCGUGCGAGCAUAAGAAAAAGAGGUAAACUUCUCGGUCUGUUGAUAAUUCAUUGACGAGCAACAAGAACGUAUUGGCGCAGAGCCUGUUCGCCGAAAGCCAUAAACCAAGUUGUUUCACGCGUGCCACCGACGUGUGUAUAGCAAAAAUAUAAUUACAAUUAUAAUUACAAUUUACCGAGAGACUGUGAGAGAAUGAAGACUUUAGUGUGCAAGUGAAUUGCUGCUUAGACUUGCUUACGUAAAACAAAAAACGUAAGCGCGCCCAAGAUCCAUAGUACCCUUGCAUAGAACCACAAAGCCGAAGUAACGUAGUUGAAAACCUCUAGAGAUUCUCCCACACACACUCGUACGCACGUCCGACACAAAGGAAAACACGCCGAACCCAAGCCCAAAAUCCAUCUUUGGCAGCACCUAUCCGUAACGUCUCCGAGUACCCACACCUACACACGUAGUCCCGAGUACAUAUAAAACCACCCGGUCAGUAAUAACGAAAAAUCACCAAAAAUAGCACGUAUAAUUGAGCGUUUGCGUCGCAUCAACAAAAAGAAAAUGUUCUACUCGCUCGUGCAGACCUUCGUUUGCGUGCUGCUCAUACACGCUGGCAUUUAUGCAUUGCAUUUGAAUGGCCCCAGCGGUAACAGCAAUGGCGCGGGCGUGGGUAGUGCAGGCGGCGGUAUAAACAUGCCAAUGAGCCACCGCGUUAGCGACGCCGCGCAGCUCAAUAAUGCAGCGAAUACCAAUCAAAUGCUGAAUAUACUCUCCGCAAAUCAGCAUGCGCAACAUCUGCAUGCUGGCGGUGGUGGUGGCGGUGGCAGUAGCAAUGGUGGUGGUGGUGGUGGUAGCAUUAGCGGCUUCGGUCUGCAGCACGCACAUGGCAAUUCCAUUGUCAGUCAGUUGGAAAAUCAGGGUCGCUUAACACAAGAGUUAGCUGAUAAAGCGCAGAUCGAACGAGAACGUCUCAUGCUGCUCGGUCUUGUAAAGCAAACAGAUGAGAAUGAUCAGGGUCGGCCCAUCAUUACCGGUCGCAUACAGAUGAGUCCCGUCGAUGAGGUGGAGAACGAUUAUCAGGCUGUCAUGUUAUCACGCGGUCCACUCUAUGGCAGUGUUGUGAAACAACCUACCGCCAGUGAGGAUGAUGAAUAUUUCGAUGAAGAGCAGCGCGAAUAUGCAAGCGGACGCUUGCGAAACGGUGCACAUGGACGACCCGAGAAGUAUGAAUAUGGGCGCAUAGUAGAGCCCGCCGACCGUGAAGAGUAUGAACGUGAACGUGUGGAACCGCACCAUUUCGAGGAAUCGGGCGAUUUUCUUGAGGCUGAGCCAUCAUUGGAUGAGGUGCUCACCGAUUUAGAUAGCUAUCAGUAUUUAGAUGAGCUGCUGCCUGAACAACGCGACUUAUGGGAAGAGGAGUCGCUCGGCUAUGGACUCGCUGGCGGCGGUACACGACCACAUUACUUGAAUGAUGGCUUCCCCUUGCUAUUGAACCUCUAUCGUACGCAGGAGGAGCUAGAGCAAACUCCCACGCAGAUCCUCGAAAAGGGGCAGCAUAAUCGCGAUAUGAAACCACGCCAACAGCAAUAUCAACAACAUGAGCCGCAACAACAACAGCAGUAUACUUUUAGCGGCGGUGUAAAGCACCGUAAUGUUGGCGGUUAUGGCAUUGGCAGCGGCACCCGCAGCGACGGUGCUGGCUACAAUAACCAACCUCAACCGAAGUGGCAACACAAGCGUUCACAGAAGCCGCAGCCACAACAUCUACUACAAAUGCAGCAUAGUAUAUUUGAUCAACAACUACAAAAGCAACAGAGGCAACAACAACAGCAGCAAAAACAGUUCCACCACCAGUAUGUUACAUUGCAGCCCGGCCGCGACAAACUUUCGCUUGCCAACUCAGAAGCGACCGCCACGAAACACAUUCAAGCGAGUGGUGGUAACAACAACAGAAACAACAAUAUUAAUAAAUUGUCAAGCGAUUUGAAUGCCAAUGCGUUCCAACUAAAAAGUUCCUCCAAACCAAAGGUGUUGACCGACGGUGUAGCCAUGAGCAUCGUACAGCGACAGCAGCAGCAGCAACAACAGAAAGAUUUAAAAGAGUCGACGCAGCAGCAACAGCAGAAGUUGGCCAAGCAAAAUGCUGACGAUAAUGAUACCGCAACAGUUGAUAAAUUAAAAGCACAACAACAACAGCAGAAACAACAAAAACAACAAAAGCGACAGCAGCAAUACAAAACCCAUCAAACAUCGUCACCACAAAGGCAGGAGUCCUUCUUGCAUCCCAACCGCAAGCGCUCCGGUAGCAAUGGCGCUGGUGCCGUUGGUGCUGUCGGUAGCACAGCGACGAAUAACGGUUACUCCUCCAUGGCGAGUCAAAUGAUGUUGCGUACUGCGCGAGGGCAACGGCAGUAUGAUGUGCCACAAAUAGAAUGCCCCACCGCUAUGGAUGGUAUGGAGCGCUUCGCGUGUCCCACACCCGACCUACAGGGUCGGUAUCGUUGCAUAGACGAUCAUGUACUGUGCGACGGUUUCAUCGAUUGUCCGGAGGGUGAGGAUGAGGAUCGAAAAUCAUGCAUGUUCCACAAAACGGACAAAGCUCACAUAGACGUUUUAGCGGACGCGCUACUGCGCUGGGCGCGAGGACGCUAAGUAACAACUACAACAACAGCAACAUAGAAAUACACAAACAAUCAACAUAACAAAGCAUAAUUUUCCUUCCUAUGCAUAACAUUAAUGCAAAACUUGAACAAAACAACAACUACAAAGGAAAAUCAACACACAUAAGUAUUUACACAACAUACAUACGAGUACAACCAACACAAAAAAAACAUCGACCAUCACCACCGCAAACACAUAAAGAAUUAAAAAAAAAAAAACAAAAAACGAAAUUAACAUGAAAGGAGAGCCAACAAUCAGAAAGAAGUAAAAGAACUAAUUAA